UGCAAGGUGUGGCACCAGUGUGCAGUUCCUGUGAAAGAAAGCCCACUUUGAACCAAAAUAAGGGAUAAGGUGUUUGAAACAGAGGAAUUUGGUGUGGUAUUGUUACCUCCACCACAACUAUGGGUAUUGGGAGAAGAUUAGUUUAUGGACUUUACCUGCUCUCAGGUCUCUCAGUUGUCGUGGGGAUCCAUGUGGAGUUUCAGCAGCCAGAGUACGAGGUUGCCAGGGGUGACCAAGUCUCCCUGACCUGCAUAUUCCGGCCCGAGGCCCCCUCGCCCAAGGUUGCUGUCAUCACCUGGACAGCUGAUGCUGACGACCCAGCAGAACCCCAGAUAGCGAUUGGAACGUACUUCUAUUCCUCUGGUCCUACUGGAACUCAGCUUGACAUCAACGCGGACUAUGAGGGGAAAGCCACCAUGACCAAUGACGUACCUGCUGGAGUGUCAACCCUGACCUUCCCCAAGGUCACCAUGCAGGAGAACAGGGUUUUCCAAUGCGCUGUGCAGAUCCCGGGUGAUAAUGACGGCCAACAAGCGGAUACCACCAGACUGGUGGUGCUGGUUGCUCCCUCCGUGCCAGUCUGCAAUAUCCAGGGGGCAGCGGAGUAUGGCAACAAUAUCAACCUCACCUGCAAGUCUGAGGAGGGCUCUCCCGCGCCCACCUACAAGUGGGAGAGGUUUGACCCCAGCAACAGACCACUGAACUUCCCACCGAGAACCACUGAGAAUAAUGGAGUUCUGUCCCUCUUCAAUGUGUCAAGGGAAACAUCUGGAUAUUACAUCUGCACCUCAACCAAUAAGAUUCGUUCUGCGUCAUACAAUAUGACGCUCAGUGUAAUGCCACCUAGCAUGAAGAUUGGCUCCACUGCGGGCAUCAUCGGAGGUUGCGUUGCUGGAUUAGUGGUCCUCAUCAUCGUCGUUUACUGCUGCUGCCGCAGAAAGAAGAAGAAGGAGGCAGCAGAACAUGGGACACGAGAAUAUGGAAUGGAAGAGCACGCCGCCUACCAUGACAAGCCACCUUCGGAGAUGGGAAAAGAGCGUGAUGGGAAUACCGUGGAUCGCUACGAGGACACGAGAGAGGUGUCCCUUAUCCCGCGCACUGGGUUUCAAGAUGACCGCAGUGAACAGUACGACAAUCACUCACGUCAAGAUGAUAAUCGCGAAGACCGCCGAGGCUCUUCUGAUCGCCUUGAUCGGUACGAGGACAGCCGACGAGGCUCUUCCGAUCGCCUUGAUCGAUAUGAGGACAGUCGACGUGGCUCUUCUGACCGCCUUGAUCGUUACGAGGACAGUCGACGUGGCUCCUUCGAUCGCCUCGAUCGACAUGACGACGAUUCUCGCUAUCGCUCUGCUGAUCGAUCCGCUGAUCGAUCUGAUCGUUACGGCAAUGGUCGCAGUGGCUCCAGUGACCGUCUAGAUCGCUAUAUCGAUAAACGAGGUCGCUCUAAGGAAAGACUGGAUCGCUAUGACGACAGCCGUGGGCGGUCCAGGGAAAGACUCGACCGCUACGAAGAUGGCCGUGGGCGCUCCAAUGACCGCCUUGAUCGCUAUGACGAUACUCGUAGUCGCUCAAGCGAUCGGCUGGACCGCUACGAUGAUAAUCGCAGCCGCUCUAGUGAUCGACUUGACCGCUAUGAGGGUGAUCGAGACCGAUACGAUGAUCGGCGUGAUGACUACAGUGUAGGGGUGUAAAUCGCAGCUUCCAUGAUGAUGCCAUUCAAUAUCAGUUUCUUAAGGCAGCGAUUUGAUUAUUUUUGAUACUUAAGAAUGCCCCACGAUACGAUUCGAUUCAAUUCGAUUCAAUGUUUUCCCACUUACUUUCCCACUUCUAUUUUGUUGCACAAUUAACAGCUAGGGCAUUUGGCAGGGGCCAGCGAUUCGAUUAUGUUCACUACUUAAGAAUGCCCCACGAUACGAUUUGAUUCGAUCGUCGGCCGUAGGAUCUAUGCUAUUGAUACAUAUUUACACCCCUACUACAGUGACCGAUUUUAAGGCCCAUGUUUGAUCAGGGCUGUGUUUUGUAAAAAUAUUAAAGUAGCAUUAGCCUAAGUAGUGCAUAAGUAUGAGGGGCCCCCUAGGCCAUAUACAUACGACAGUUUAUACAUACAAUAGUUAUAUAGGCCUACAUACAAUAUUUUUUUCUCAAGCAUGCAAAUAAAAUGCGUAGGUAAAGUGCAGGUUUGAGGUACAUAGUGUAUGCAUCAACAUUUAGUGAUGAUGUGAGAUCUAUUUCUGAUACAUUGCCUAAGGGGCACCUCAUGCCCAAGUACUACAUAGGCUUACGUACUACAAAACAGAUUUUGGGAAACACAGACCUUCAACGUAAAGCAACAUUAAAAAUUGAACUUGAGUUGACCGCUUACGUCCCUGACAAAACUGGCCGCAUUGUCAGGUCCACGUUAUAAAUUAAUUCUGUUUUAAAUGUCAUUGACCCUGACUAUACUCUAUUUUGUGGUUACAUACUGUAAUGCUGUGUACAGAGCUGUGCAGUUAUUUUAGUGUAAAAAAAAUGUCUGUUUUAUGUCCAUUUGUCAUAUUUUUGUUAUUUUUUGUUCUUUUUAUUAUCUGAAGUUGACCUUUUGUAAUGCUCAAUUUAGGCUUAAUAUUUGCAUAAUUUCAUUAUUUUAUGUUUCAAUUAAUUAAUAAUUAUUUGAUAUUUUAUCCAUGUGCUAUUCAAUGUUAACAUACAGUUAUAAAUUUCGCAUGCAAUACAUUAUAUCAUUGUGGUGCUUCUUCUGUAAGUUUUUAAUAAUGUCUAAAGAUGGACAAGUCAUGUUGACUGAUCACCAUGUG